AUGGAACCCGACAAAUACACCGAAGCCGCCAACGUCGCCUCCGACUACAUCAACGCCUACUUCACGCAACUCUCCCGUCCCUCCACGCGCUCCAACCUCGCGGCCCUCUACCGCCCGCACUCCACCACGCUCUGGAACGAAAUGUACGAAACCGGCGUCGAACAAAUCAUGAACUUCUACCACUCGCUCGACUACCAACGCAUGGACUUCACCAUGCGGGAUUGCAAGGUCUGUCCGGCGGGGAGUCGAGAGAAGGGGGUUAUGGUGCUGGUGACGGGGGAUAUGGAUUUGGAUGGGGUGGUGAGGGAGAGGGUUUAUGAGGUGUUUUAUUUGGAGAGGGAUGGGGAGGGGUGGUUUAUUGGGAGUCAGAUUUUGGGGUUUUUGGAUGUGGAGUCUGGUGGUGGUGGGGGGUUGACGCCGUCUUGA